AUGCCAAAUCACGAGUUGGGAAUGAUUCCGUCUGCUACCAGCAAUCGGGUGGUGCGUCCCCAGACUCAUUGGAUGCCCCCUCCUCGUGGAUUUUUCAAAGUAAACUGUGAUGCAGCCUGGGGGCCACCGUCAACAGCAGGACUGGGAGUCGUUGUAAGAGACUCUACCGGGAGGAGCAUCAGUGGAUUAGCCAUUAAAACCACUUGCGGAACAGUUGCGGAAGCGGAAGCAUCUGCUAUUCUCCAUGGCAUCUCCCUGGCAAGUACCCUGAAUCUGAGAAAGGUUCACAUCGAAUCAGAUGCAAAAGAGGUAGUCCUGGAUCUAAAUGGGUUAGGUCGGGGAAAGAACUGGAAGACCUACCCAAUACUGGACCACAUCCGAAGGCUAGCAACUGGUUUUGAAGAAUGCAAUUGGGACUGGGUUCCCCGUGAAGCGAACAAGGCUGCUCACUGUGCAGCGUCGCUUGCCUGCGGGACGGUGGGUCCUCAGCGAUGGGCUAACCAGCCACCACCAUCCCUCACCUUGGUACUAAGAAAUGAUGGUCUCCCAUGCCCCCCGGCAACGGAGAUGUGA